AUGAGGUGGGGGAUGAAAUCAGGCUGGUGGUGGAAAACGACCAUUUUGGCCGAGGAUGGCAGUGAUGUGUGGGAGGGACGGAUGGGAGAGGCGAAUGAGGCAAUCGGGCAGGUAAACUCGAGCCUUGGGCCAACGAAAUGGCCUUGUUGCGGAGCUUUGUUCAAGAUUCAAGAUGUGACGACAGGGCAGAUUCUGGAACCACAGAGAGAGUGCGCGCCGACAAGGAAUGGCGUGUCCCUGGAUGUGAUUUGCGGUGGCGGCUACAGGCUUGUUGGCAAGUAUUCCCAGAAGCUGGAAAUUGACAGCAACCAUGCGACAGAGCGUUGCAGAGCUCUGAUUGAAUGCUCGGGCAAUUGGGAAAUGGGCACUGCAGAUGCGCGCUGUCACCUGAUGACGUGUUGCGCCAAUGGAGAGGGCGAAGCUGAGGCUGGCGACGAUGAUAGGCCUCUGGCGUUGCGAGCUUGCAAUGGAUGA